AUGGUCGAUGAUAGUGUUGAUGACUCGAGGUUGGAGAGUAGCAGUACUACAGGGCAGAGGAAGAACAGAAGGAAACACAAACGGAAGAAACACGGCAACAAGGACGAGGCGGAUGGAUAUCGAUCACCCAGGAAGCCCCACAAUAAGAAACGGCGAAUUCGGGACAUCCUGGGGAAGUCUCGGAGACCCUCGGAUCAUGACGACUGUGGUGCUUCCACCUCCCUGGCAUUCGGGGAGAGUAGCGACUCUGAGGCCGACUGCGAGGAAGUCGCCUUGGAGAGCGCUCGGAAGCUCUGGUUAGAGGUGUGCAACGAGGAGCCUUCCCCGGCCUUGAUGCUGCCUGCGAUGCAGCUUCUGAGUAAUGCCGUUAAUGCUGUUGCUGUGCCGCCUUCCACUGCUUCUGGACCUAUGAGGUCCGGUGGUGGUGUGGUGAGGCCUCCCAUACAAGGUUGGGUUAUGUCAUUGGAAGCUACCGGGAGAGAUCACGUCGAUGCAUCGACCUCGUCUAGUGGUAGAGGGUCAGCUCGAAUGGAAGCCGCCAUCACCUUGCCAUGUGCGAGCCAGAUGAGAGCUCAAUAUGGUCGGUAUAUGAGGGAGGAGCCGCCGCCGUUGACACCAGAGUUGCUGUGGCUUACGGCGGACGGAAAGAGCACGUCACCGAUGCUGGGUAUGGCCGGGAGCAGAUCUGUGCGUUGUUCUAUGGUGGCCGGAGACCCCAGAUCAGAGUCUCUCACGGAAGCUCAAAUACUAAGAAGUCGACUGCGAGAAGUGGUGGAGCGCAAAAGGGAGUUGGCGUGUAGAGUCAAGGAUAGGGCUGAGUCCUUCACCGUCGCUCGAAGGCUGGUAAACGUCCCAGUGGUGGAAAAAUGGAAAGCUUUGGUGCGGACGCGGCCUCCGCCGAUGAACGUAUAUCCUCAUAAUAGCGACCUCCAGCCGACUUUUGGAGUCACCACCAGCGAUGAUCCUGAUGGAGACACGAGCUAUCUGGUGUGCUCGAUCUGUCUGGGGCCUGACCUGGCCCGGGGCAAUCAGAUGGUCGUCUGCUCUGGGUGUGGGGUGGCUGGUCAUCAGUACUGUUACGGAAUCGAUAGAAUUCAUGAGGAGGACACCUGGCUCUGUCGCCUUUGUUCCGCUCUGGAAAAUGGCGACGCCAGCGAGUCUGAUGUUUUGAAUUGCUUUCUUUGUGGUGGUGAUCGGCGAUGCCUCGGUGGAGGCCUGAUGACGUCGGUAAUGGUCCAAGGGGGCAUCCGAUGGAUUCACGUGAGAUGCGGUAUGUUUGCAUGGAAGUGCCAAACUAUUUCGGAUCUUGAACGAGCCGCUAUGCGCUGGUCUUACUCCGGAUCGCUUGCCUCUGUUUGUGGCAUCUGCGGCAAGGCUGUGGGAGAAACUGUGAAAUGCAGCUCGACGGGAUGCUCUCAGCAUUUCCACGUCAGCUGUGCCACACGCAACGCCCUCACGAUUCCGGAGCCAGCGAACCACAACUGGCUUAUCUACUGUCGCAAGCACAUGGCAGAUGUCGAUGCCUUUGGUAUGAUCGAAAAGCUCACUAAAGCUAUCGCCAACUCGCCCUAUGCAGAACAGACGGAGGGUGGCUUCGCAGCUGCCAUCGCCAACAGUGCAGCAGCUCAAAUGGUCGACGAGACUUAUGACCUCUAUCGAGGCGUCGAUGCGGAAGAUCUCUGGCUCGCCUGGAUGGACCCUGGCGAGGCUGUGAAUGAUGCCAAGACUCCCGAAGCAGUCGCGGACCGGCCGUCCAUUCUGACGGCAGCGCCUCCUAUUAUUGGCCGUGCUGCGAGCUGCCCGAGUGGAGGUACCAACUCAUUGACUCAGGCCUGCGUAAUGUGCUUGCACAGUGAUGGCGAUUUGGUGGACAUACCGGGAGGUCCUGGUGUCCCUACGGGUUGCUCGGCUAGAGUCCAUCUCCGAUGCGCCCACUGGAUGGGCCUUGCGCCGGUCUUCAACUUCCAUGAUCUCCGCCAGGGAUCCGUCAUACGGCCCCGUAAUUUCCUCCAGUCUUGUCACUAUUGCCACAGCGUUCUCGGUAUAACUAUGAGAUGCUCCAAGUGCAACAGAAGUUUCCAUCCCCAUUGUGCUGCUAAAAAUGGUUGUACUGUGCGACUAGAGGACUACGAGUCGGGCAUACAGCUAUCUGGCAGAUCUGCAGAGUUAUGGCUUUCGAGAAGGACUGUGAAGGGAGGAUUCGCCGUUUGGGUCGAUUGCGAUGCACAUUAA